AUGGCUACUCCUGCCGUGAAACCCGAGGCCGCGUCCUCAUGGAAGAAGAACCUCUCCGCCCACCUCCUCUGUCCCGAAUGCAAGGAGGUCCCUCCCAACCUUGAAUUUCCCGACUCGCACGAAACCGUCUGCGGCUCUUGUGGUCUCGUCCUUGCGGACCGUGAGAUCGACGUGCACUCCGAAUGGCGUACAUUCUCGAACGACGAUCAGAACAACGAUGACCCCUCCCGUGUCGGAGACGCUUCGAACCCUUUGCUCAACGGCGCCCAGCUGGAGACCACCAUCGCCAGCGGAGGAUCGGGCCACCGUGCCCGCGAUCUGUACCGCGCCCAGAACAAGCAGUCGAAUGAGAAGGCGAACAAGCAGCUCAUGGCCGCUUACAAGGAAAUCGGUGCUCUGUGUGACGGUUUCAACAUCCAGAAGACUGUCGCUGAUACUGCCAAGUAUCUCUUCAAGGUGGUUGACGAUGCCAAGGCAUUCAAGGGAAAGUCGCAGGAUGUCAUUAUCGCUGGGUGCAUCUUCAUCGCAUGCCGUCAGUGUAAGGUCCCACGUACCUUUACCGAGAUCUUUGCCGUGACCAAGGUUACCCGCAAGGAAAUCGGUCGCAUCUACAAGGCUCUGGAGAAGUUUUUUACUUCCCAGAACAUCGAGCGCUACAACGCUACCGUCCAGAGCGGCGGAGUUGCGGACCCCAACGAGGGCUAUACAGCCACCACCUCGACCAAACCCAGCGACCUUUGCAACCGUUUCUGCAACCUUCUCGAUCUCCCAUACCAGGUCACCAGCGUUUCCAUCUCACUCUCGGAUCGUGUCACCGCCUCGGGUUCCCUGGCCGGCCGUUCUCCCCUGUCCAUUGUGGCAGCCUGUAUCUACAUGGCUUCGUAUCUGAUGGGCAAUGGCAAAACUGCCAAAGAAAUCUCCCAGGUUGCUCACGUCAGCGACGGAACCAUCCGCGGUGCUUACAAGCAGCUCUACGGCGAGCGUGAGAAUCUGAUCGAUAAGGACUGGAUCAAGGACGGAAAGGGUGACUUGGCCAAGCUGCCUGUCAGCUGA